UCAGUUUUUGUGUUAUCAUGUAUGUCGGGAUUUAUAUUUAUUCCGUUGUAUCCUAUAUUCAUGGAUAUCAUCUUACCGCUCAAUGAAACUCGCCACCGGCAACAAAUGUUUAGAUUGAAAUUCUUUAUAGACGAAGAGGAGUAUUUUUAUCUUAUAUAUUUUUAUAUUGUUUGGUGUACAUUCGCAACAGUCAUGAUUGCAGUCACUAUUGAUUCAUUAUACAUACAACUCGUUCAUCAUGAUUGUGCAUUAUUUGCUGUAUGCGGGCAGAAUAUUAUAACAGCCACAAGAUCUACUGAUGUUGGUAUAAAUGAAACUUACACUGAACGAUUUAGGCAAUGCUUGAACAUGCAUAAGAAUGCCCUCCAAUUAUUCGAGAUGCUAGAUGUUAGCAGCCGUAGGAGUUACUUUUUUCAAAUUUUACUGACUAUGGUCGGCAUGACCGUAACAGCCGUACAAGCUGUUGUAAAUCUGCAUCGACCUGAAGAAGCAAUUAGAAUUGGUCUGUUUCUCGUGGGUCAACAAUUCCAUUUGCUUAUUAUUACCCUACCUGGACAAGUGAUCACAGAUCACAGUUUCGAAUUGACUAAUGAUAUAUACUGUUCGACGUGGUACAAAGUGCCAGUAAAGAUUCAAAAAAUACUUCUCACGAUGCACAUGAGAUCUAGUAAACCAUGUAAGUUGACAGCAGGAGGAAUAUACGAAAUGAACAUCGAGAAUUUUGGAAUAACAUUUAAAACAUGCGUAUCGUACUUUACGGUGCUUCUAUCAGUACAUGCAUAUACCUAUGUAUUUAAUAAUAUCCACAUGUUAAUCAAGCAAGCUACUGUAUAUAGCAUAUGUAUCACAAAACAUUUUCAUGAAAUUAAUCUGAGCUUAGAUUACAUAGCAUUUCAGAGAUACGGAAAACAGUAUCAUCGUGUAUUCGAAAUCUCGUACUACAAAAUACUCAAAAAGUACUUACAAUUAGUGGGACUAAACCCACAAGGAAAAGAAAGAUUCGGAGAUUUUAGUAUAGUUGUAGCAUUGAUUAGUAUUGCAAGCAUUUUUGUUCCAACGAUAUUAGAAUUUUAUGCCUCAUUAUGUGCAAGAAAUAUCGACGCCGCUCUUGAAUGUGUGCCGCAUUUAGCUGCUUGUGCGGCCAGUAUCUGCAAAUUAUUGAAUAUAUAUAUCUACAGAAAGAACUUCAACAAGCUGUUUAAUUUCAUAGAAAAAGAAUGGGGGCAGUUGAAGUUAAAUAACGAAUUACACAUUUUGGAAAAAGUUCUCAUGCAAGGCAACAAAAUGGGCCAAUUAUAUCGAAGUAAGAUUAGUCAACAGUAUCCGAAUACUUGCUUAUUUUUGUUUUUAGGUACUUUAAUGUCCUUUAUGAUAUUAUUCUUGGUGGUUCCAUUGAUUUCUCCCAUAAUGGACAUUAUUCAUCCACUAAAUGAAACCCGAUCGCGACAGCAAUUACUUAGAGUUAAUUACAUGAUUUUUGACCAAAAUGAUUACUUCUUCUAUGUAUAUAUACAAUUAGCUUGGGGAGCAGUAAUAGUUGUAAUGACCGUGAUUGCUGCUGAUUGGUUGUAUAUUCUCAUAAUUCAUCACAGCAGCGGAUUAUUUGCGGUGUGCGGGUAUAAAGUGCAGAAAGCAACGAGACAGUCCGAUUCCGACGACGAAAUUGCUUCGUAUAAAUACAAAGUUGAGCAAUUUCGAGACUGCGUAAUCAUGCACAAUGAAGCUAUCGAGUUUUACAAUCUUCUAAAUGAGAGCAAUCAGAAAUCUUAUUUGAUACAAGUUGGCAUAAAUAUGAUGGGGAUGAGCGUGACAGCUGUCCAAACAGUCGUGAAUUUUGAUAGACCGGCAGAAGCUCUAAGAGCUGCUUUAUUUCAUGGAGCUAAUCAGUUUCACUUGUUCGUGCUCAGUUUACCUGGCCAAGUUCUUCUAGAUCAUUGCAAUGAAUUUGCGAAACAAAUAUAUAGCUCCACAUGGUAUAAUAUGCCACUAAAAGUUCAGAAAAUGCUUUACAUCAUGCAAAUAAGGUGUAGAAAUCCAUGUACGUUAACAGCAGGUGGAUUAUACGAAAUGAAUAUGGAAAACUUCGGGAUAACUUUCAAAACCUGCAUGUCAUACUUCACGAUGAUAAUGUCAUUCAAAGGAUAAGUUUAUUGCUGCGUUUUAUAUUUUGAUUAACUAAAUAUGAAUAUAGUGCACUGUAUAUUUAUACCGUUAAUGUUGAAUCUGUUCGUUUGUCAGAAAUGCAAAUAAAGUUAUGAAUCACGACAUUUA